CCUCCCUGCUAAAAAAAAACAGGGACGGCGACCGCUCUUCACCGCUGCCCCUUUCUCCUCUCGGGCGUCGGCAGAUCUGCGCGGGCCGCUAUCCUCUCCUUCCAGACAGGCGACAGUCCUUCCUAGCCAUGGCUGUUAGGCACACCAUUAUUCUGAUGCAACCAUCCCAAAACAGGAGCCCCAGGACGCUCAUGGAUUAUAAUUCAAUUAACCAUGCAUUGGAUGGAAUCUGUGGUCUCUAUGAAAGGAAAAUCAGGGAUAUCAACCCAAUGAUCCCGAACAUAACCUAUGACAUCACCGACCUGUACAACUUCAUCGACGGCCUAGCUGACAUCAGUGUGCUAGUCUAUGAUCAUGAAAUCCAUGCGUUUCUGCCGUAUGACUGGCAGUGGAUAAAGCAGAAGUUGUUUCAGCACCUUAAGAAGCUGGCUCAAAGAUAGUGACUGGACCUGUCUGUCAACGACUUCAACGAGGACGAGAUCGAGGCUUGAGCUCCGCUUCUCUGUCCUGUCCACAGCAAGUUAUGCAUGCUUACCUUUUCUCUGCCCAGGUUGAAUCCUGCACCCAUGCUAGGUAACCUCUUUUUUUCUUGAUGUUGGACAAUGCACUUUUGGAUGUUUGAUGAAUUGUUUCUCGCCAAUGCUUCAAAUCUAACUACAAGGAAUUUCCUCUGGAAUAUUUGACAAUUUACUAACAGGAGAAGUCUUCAUUUAGUAUGUCUUGCAUGGUCAUGUUGCUCUUUUAAAUUGUGGUUGUGAAGGAUGAUAUCCCGGAGAAGAGCUACAUUGGCUCCUUUGGUUAAUUGUUUAAUGUGUGCUUGACUGUUUUCUACUAGCAUUGAGCAUAGAUGAACGGCACCAUGUCGGCGAGGAGUAGCAGCAGUAGGUCGGCUCAGUCCGAAUGGCAAUUUUCUUUGUUGUUUUCUAUUAUUCAACCACAUAUGUUCGUCUCUUUCUAAUGGCCCAUGUAACUUCAAAAUCUGCAGUGCCAUAUUUACUUGCACUUUGUUCA